AUGGGCUCCGACAACUCUACAUGGACCCCUGAGACGGUGCUCUCUACCCUCCCUUACCCUCCAGAGGAGAACUCUACGUCACCUGUCCCCUUCUUCCACUUGAUCGAGCGCCUUAAGACCACUAAGCGCGAAGGCUGGCGCCGCUUCGGCAUCGAUCAUGGCGAGUCAAUCUCUGACCAUAUGUACCGCAUGUCGAUCAUGACGAUGAUGGCCCCGCCGUCCCUGGCAGAGAAGAUCAACAUCCCGCGCUGCAUAAAGAUGGCCUUGAUCCAUGACAUGGCCGAGGCGCUUGUCGGCGAUAUCACUCCAGUCGACCCCGUCACUAAGCCCGAGAAGGCUCGCCGCGAGGCCUCCGUUAUGGAUUACAUUACCACUACCCUCCUCGGCAAGGUCCCUGGAGGCGCCCUUUCGGGCAAGGAAAUCAAGGAAAUCUUUGAGGAAUACGAGGCGAACACGACUGACGAGGCCAUAUUCGUGCAUGAUAUUGACAAGAUGGAGCUGCUGUUGCAGAUGGUUGAAUAUGAGCGCGUGCAUAAGGUUGAUCUCACUGAGUUCAUCCAUGUCAGGGAACGCAUUCAGUUGGAACCGAUUCAGAAAUGGGCCGAUGAGGUUAUUCUGGGGAGACCGAACAAAGCAUAG